GCGCUAAACAGCAACAAACACUGACGUUUGGUGAAGUAGUAAAUACUAGUCACAUGGUGGAAAUAAAAUAAUAUUUAAUUUGUCGCAAAAAAUUCCUAGUCUGCGUUAUCGGUGCGGUGCUAGUUUUCACAAUGCUACGGCGGUUUCUUUUGCGGGAUGGUAAAAUGCAGGAAGAAUUAAUGGACGGGGGUGAAGGUAGGGAACAAGCCAAUAUACAAGUAGAGGCUAUUGUUCAAGUCAGAGAUUUGAGGGACAGACUGUAUAAAGAGGUGUGCUCGUAUAAAAGUUCCGUUAAACACAUUUCGAGAGACGAUUUAAGCGACCGUGAUUUCAUUUUCAAUCUGCAAGAAGGAGAUGAUGGCAAAUUGCGUGCUGUACAAAUCACGAAGGAAGAGGUCAUGGAAAUGUCUGCUAACACGGUUGAUUUACACGCGAUGACCGCUCUACUCUGGUGUGACCCACAUAGCAGGAUUCGAGAGAUAACGCUUGGUGUGUCGGUGUACAGUGAUCCUCUCGUUGCAGCAAAUAAUGCUAUACAAUAUGCGUACUCAGGAGCUUGUUCCAUUUUGGACAAAAUCGACCCAAGUUUCACAGCCGUUAAGACUGAUCAUGUGAUUUUUCCUAUCUUUGCUGUAAAUGUUAAAUCAGCCACUGGUCUCAAACAGUAUCGACGACAAAAGGAUGGGUCUCCUGGAUCAUUUCAAAGCAAAACGACAGUCGCAGUAUUUCAAACUAUUGCUGCACAACUUAAUCAGAUAAUCGAUAAGAAAUUGAAUGGGUUACUGACACGUGUUGGCAAGGAGAAAGAAGAAGAGUUAGUGGUGACGAUUGGUCACAAAAGUGGAUCAUCAAAGCCUCGACUCCGUCGGUAUAGGUGCAAAGUGAAUGGUUGUCCAUUUACUACCCCCUACUCAUCUAAUCUAAAAUUACAUGGUAACACUCAUACAAACGAGGUAUCGUUCAAGUGCCCAGGUUGUCCCGCACAAUUCACAGUCAAGUCAAAUAUGGUUAGACACCAACCUAUCUGCCCAGCAAAAACGGGGAAGGCAGUAGGGAAAGUGUCUUUUGGGUCAGUUAAAGGACGAAGGAACUCCUCUACCAAACCUAUGACGCUCCCAAAUACAUCUUCCUAUGUCAGCCUCCCUCCGAAACUGCCAUUUGCUAAUUUGACAAAUUCGUCUCUCAAACGGUCCAAAUUGCUGGAUGUCCAAGGAACCAUAAAAUUCCCCCCCAAAAAGCUAGCGUUAAUUCCAACUCCGAAUAUUGUAGAAAAACCCGCCACUACCACCAUCAUGACAUUACAGUCUGAGAAUGAAGAAUUGCGCCGAGAGAAACACGUCGCCACUACCACCAUCACGACAUUACAGUCAGAGAAAGAAAACUUGCGUCGAGAGAAUGAAGAAUUGUGCCGUGAGAAAGAAAACGCCACUACCACCAUCACAAAAUUACAGUCUGAGAAGGAAGACUUGAUCCGAGAGAAAGUGCAACUCAAAAGAGAUAAGGCUUUAGCGUUAAGAAAAGCAAAUAAUAGUACAAAUAAUGUUGAUUACAGACGGUAAAAUCACUAGGUGCAGAUUCCGUAAUAAAAGAAAAUACAAAAAGACCAUA